GUUUUAACCGGAAGUCAGUAAGUCGUCGGUUGAUACGUUUCUCCACAUCAUUCGCGAGUCGCGAGUCGUGCUGUGUGUGUGUGGUUUUAUGAAAUAUACAACACGAUGGUCAUCCAACAAGAGGUGGUUUCGAGGGCCGAAGAGGUUGCUGAUCAGGUGAUACGUAAUGGAAAACACAUACUGCCAACACUUGCGCGGCUUUGUCUGAUUGCUACAUUUUUGGAAGAUGGAUUACGCAUGUGGUUUCAAUGGAGCGAGCAAAGGGAAUACAUGGACAUGUCUUGGGGCUGUGGAACAUUUCUGGCCACGCUGUUCGUCCUGAUCAACUUGAUUGGCCAGCUCGGCGGCUGUGUUAUGGUCAUCACUAGAUGGCGUGUCAGCAUAGCUUGUGGAGUUUUAUUCUUCAUCGUUGUCCUCCAGACGUUCGCUUACAGUAUUCUCUGGGACCUGCAGUUUCUCUUCAGAAAUUUAGCCCUAAUCGGCGCGCUGCUGUUGGUCCUGGCCGAGUCCAGAGUCGAAGGAAGAUCUCUGUUUGCUGGUGUUCCUACUUUGGGUGACAACAAACCCAAGAACCUGCUACAGUUGGCUGGACGAGUGCUGCUAGCCUUUAUGUUCAUCACGCUAAUUCGGUUUGAGGUUUCCUUUCUGCAAAUACUUCAGGACAUCCUCGGCAGUAUUCUUAUGGUCUUGGUUACCAUUGGAUACAAAACAAAACUGAGCGCGCUUCUGCUUGUCCUACUCUUGUCCGCUCUCAACUUUUACCACAACGCGUGGUGGACUAUUCCUGACUUUAAACCGCUUAGAGAUUUUCUCAAAUACGACUUCUUCCAGACCUUAUCCGUGAUCGGGGGACUUUUAAUGAUCGUUUCACUGGGGCCUGGCGGUGUCUCUAUGGAUGAACACAAAAAGAAAUGGUAGAUGACCUACUAAUUAUCAUCAUUUUGAUCAUCAAAUCAUCUCAAGAAUCAAGAAGAAAAAAUUUCCAUUUCUGCAAGUUGCCCUCGGCUAGAGUUAUUUUAUCUGUGCAAGUGGGGGCUAGGAUUAUUUCCAGCACAGUGUUGUGUGCAAGUAAAUGAUUUCUAAGCCAAAUAAGACAAUGUUUAAAUAACACAAAACACUUCUGAUGUACAUCAAAAUAGCGACAAGACAACUUGGAGUGACCGAAAUGCCUUGAAAACAGCAUUUUUACUAUUGGCAGAUACAUGAAAGUAUAUUAGAAUUACCUAAUUUAUACUAUUGCUAUGGUAUUGUAUAUAUGGCAGUACAUUUAUUAUGAAGCAAAGAAAAAAAUAUAUAUUUUUUUGGUGCGUUUUUAAUUUCUAGAAUUUUAGCUUAAUACGUUAAUUGAUUACAUGACAAAUUAUAGAUAAAUAAUAGAUCGAAAAUUAUUAAAUAUUUUUCAGUUGUGAAGCAUCCGAAAAUAUUGACCAAAAUAACAAUUUGAAACCUUGUAAAAACGAAAUAAACAUCAUAGGUGACUGUAGAUUUCUUUAUAUAUAUUCUUUGAACUUGUCAUUUUUGAAAAGGAACAACGGAAGAACCAUUUUAAAGUCGGUGAAACUCAUAAAAGAUUUAUUUGAAUGAGUUGUUAGAAUCAGAUCAAAGUUUGAAGCAUAAGAAUACAUGCUAAAUCAUCUGCAUUUCGAAAUCGUGAAUCGUGUUGUUCUAGUCGUCGGAAACUUAAGUUAUCAGGGUCAUUGUCUAGAUUUCCAAAAUUGACCAGGAUACUGCGUUUGAAAACUAGUUUCCGUAUGACAUGAAUUUUUGACGAAAAUUCUAGUAUGUAUUGCUAAGUCAAGAUGUAGUACGGAAACUUAAUCGAGACUUUUACUCACAUUUUUUUUAAAUUCACACGUCUUACAACAGUGUUGGAAUGUUACAAUUCGAACAAUAAUAGAAACCAUUUGAGAUAAAUAAAUAUACAGAAAACUAUUUUCUAACGCAUUCUGCAAUUAGGAUGAAGAUUUAUUCGAUCAAUAGACGAAUUUACGUACAUUGUAAUAUCUCGUACAAUUCAAAACCAGGAAAUAAAUAAAUCAAAUUUUGUCUACUUA